UGUGAGUUUGUUCCCAAUUGGGCAUUUCUUUCUUGACUUUCCCUCUCAAGCUCACAUGAUCUUAAAUUAUAAUUAAGUAAUUUUGAAAUCCAUAACCCAAAAAUAUCCGGAGUCGCAUUCAAUCCGAUUGAAGUGCAAGUCAAGGAAGAGUUUCGAGUUCUUUCCCUCCUUUCGAUCCGAUCUUGAAGAUCCCGAAAUUCUGAUCAUGAGCUUACCUUCCGGGAGUGCCGCCGGUUUGCCAACGCCGGGGAAUUCAGGAGGUAAGGGAAACUCCUCGUCGUCGUCAUUGGCAUCGGGGACGAGCAAGGAGAAGCAGAAAGAGAAAGCGAGAGUUAGUAGAACGUCGAUGAUAUUGUGGCACGCUCACCAAAAUGAUCCUGCUGCUGUUCGCAAGCUUCUGGAGGAGGAUCAGUCCCUUGUCCAUGCUAGAGAUUACGACAACCGCACCCCUCUCCAUGUUGCAUCGCUUCAUGGCUGGAUCGACGUUGCCAAGUGUUUGAUUGAACACGGCGCUGAUGUUAAUGCCCAAGAUCGCUGGAAGAAUACUCCGCUAGCUGAUGCAGAAGGAGCUAAAAAGCAUGGCAUGAUUGAGUUAUUAAAAUCAUAUGGUGGCCUUUCCUAUGGCCAAAAUGGAAGCCAUUUUGAACCGAAGCCUGUUCCUCCUCCUCUGCCAAAUAAAUGUGACUGGGAAAUUGAUCCCUCUGAACUAGAUUUUUCUAACUCAGCUAUUAUCGGCAAGGGGUCCUUCGGGGAAAUUUUGAAGGCCUACUGGCGUGGAACCCCUGUAGCUGUCAAACGUAUCCUUCCAUCACUAUCUGAUGAUAGACUUGUGAUUCAGGAUUUUCGACAUGAGGUUAAUCUCUUGGUGAAACUACGCCAUCCGAACAUAGUCCAAUUUCUUGGAGCUGUCACUGAGAAGAAACCACUUAUGUUAAUCACUGAAUACUUAAGAGGGGGUGAUCUUCACCAGUACCUCAAGGAUAAAGGUUCGCUCAGUCCUUCAACGGCCAUCAAUUUUGCACUGGACAUUGCCAGGGGAAUGGCUUAUCUCCACAAUGAACCAAAUGUUAUAAUUCACCGUGACCUGAAACCGAGGAACGUUCUGUUGGUUAAUUCCGGAGCCGACCAUCUAAAAGUUGGUGAUUUUGGUCUAAGCAAACUCAUCAAGGUUCAGAAUUCACACGAUGUUUACAAAAUGACUGGCGAGACUGGGAGCUACCGGUAUAUGGCACCUGAAGUAUUUAAGCACAGAAAAUACGAUAAGAAGGUGGACGUGUUUUCUUUUGCAAUGAUAUUAUACGAGAUGCUUGAGGGAGAUCCACCACUGGCAAAUUACGAGCCUUAUGAAGCUGCCAAAUAUGUGGCCGAAGGUCAUCGACCGAUGUUCCGUUCGAAAGGAUACCUUCCCGUUCUAAGAGAUUUAACAGAAGAAUGUUGGGCAUCUGAUAUGAACAAGAGACCUUCUUUCUUGGAGAUCCUCAAAAGACUUGAAAGGGUGAAGGAAAAUCUUCCCACUGAUCAUUCCUGGAAUUUGUUUAAUGCAUAACAUUCAAAGUUGUGGUAUGAAGAUUGUUUGCAGUUCCUAACAUUCAGCUUUCUUCUGCUGGAUUAUGCCCAUGAAGUUGAAGCUUUUUUCUCCACUACCAAAGAUUGUGAAAAAAUAAGAUCUUACGGCUGCUUUCACUCUGCUGUUCGAAUGUUGAUUUUGAACAGAGGCUGUGAUUUUGAUUGAAAUUAUACUGUGGAGGAAUCUCCUCUUGAAUCUGGCAUUCUUCAUUGCCUCAUAGGAUUUAAUUUAAUUGUUUCUUCUCAUCUCUCAAUUGUAAUUUAGUUCGGGUUCUGUGAACUAUUUUAUCUUUUCAUGUAAAAAAUGGAUUUAGUUGAUUUUCCCUUGCAAGUGCAGUAUAUCAAUGCCCGGCGCUUUUUGCCGGCGGGAUGAAC